AUGCUCAACAGAGAUCGCCCGAAACUUGGCCAACGUCGUCGUAGCCCUCAGGCAACCUGCUUUUCCGCACUUGAACUCCGACGCUACCGAACCUUCCCCCGUUGUUUCGAUGACCACCGCCCACUACCUGAAAAAAAUCACCGACUCACCUCCUCGCCACCGCCACUUUCGGGGUUACGAGAGAAAACCAGCAGUGGGGGAAGAGUGGGAGACACAUGAGGAGUAUGAACACGCCCGUCAGUAACAAUCAACAGCUACAAACACCCUUGUCGACGCGGGACGAGCAAGAAAUGAUGUGUCCCCCCUCUUCCUACAUGCCUACAUGAUCUGCAACCCCCCCAUGCAUGUGUGCUUACCUUUAAAGAGAGCAGCCCAUUGCGAGGGGCGCUACAUCAAUCGCAUAAGUUCGUGGUUUCCAUUCCCCCAAACAUGAAGCAAAACAUGAAGCAAAAAACAAUCUAGAAGUAAAAAACGCCUCCGCACACCUCGCGACACGAAAGCCCCCAUGCCAUUGACAACCAAUGGCAUCUCUCACCGAACUUCUCCCACCACCAUUCCGCAGAUAGAUCUCUGACAUCGAGCCCCCACCCCAACUUAAAGAUCCAAUUACAGCAACACUUGCAUAUGGUAGAUCACAUGCAAACGACAUUGCCCGUGCCAGCUAG